AUGUUUUGGAGAGGAAGGGAAAGGGAAAACAAAGAGCAGAAUGGCGGACCUCCUUGUGGGCAGGUCAGAGUUCUUGUUGUUGGUGACUCAGGUGUGGGGAAGACUUCUCUCGUUCAUCUGAUUCUAAAAGGUUCUUCUGUUGCUCGGCCUGUUCAAACAAUUGGUUGUACUGUUGAUGUUAAGCAUACUACCUAUAGAACUUCUGGUAGCACGUCAUAUAGUUCCAUAGGUGACAGUGAGAGAGAUUUUUUUGUUGAACUUUGGGAUAUAUCAGGGCACGAACGAUAUCAAGAUUGCCGGUCUGUGUUCUAUUCUCAAAUCAAUGGUGUUAUGUUUGUUCAUGAUCUUUCUCAAAGAAGGACGAAGAUAAGCUUGAAGAAGUGGGCUGCAGAGAUUGCCGCUACUGGUACAUUCUCAGCUCCUUUAGCGUCUGGAGGUCCUGGUGGUCUUCCUGUCCCAUACAUUGUUAUUGGUAACAAAGCAGAUAUUGCUGCGAAAGAGGGUACACGAGGGAGCAGUGGCAAUCUGGUUGAUGCAGCUAGACAAUGGGUUGAGAAGCAGGGAUUACUUCCAUCAAGCGAGGAACUUCCUUUGACUGAGAGUUUCCCUGGCAAUGGAGGUCUUCUAGCAGCUGCCAAAGAAGCCAGAUACGACAAAGAAGCAGUGAUGAAAUUUUUUCAAAUGUUGAUCAGGCGGAGAUACUUCUCUGAUGAAUUGCCUGGUGCAAGCCCAUGGUCAACCCAGGUGCAUAGGCCAUUGGCACAAUCUUCUGAAAUUUCGAGUGACGAGGACCAGAUGUAUAAGAGUUCAAGUUUGAUAGGCGAUCCAUACAAGUAUAAUGCGCUUCCUCCUCUACCAGCUCAACGCAACCUGAACCCCCCUCCCACGCUCUAUCCACAGCAGCCCAUGUCAACACCUGACUAUUAUAACAUCCCAAGAUUUGCAUCGAGUGCCAACCAGGAAACCACCACUGUGAGAUCAAAGCGUACAGAUAUUAAUGUAUGA